CAAUACGGUCUGCCACUGCAGUUCUUUCUUUCAAAAAAUUUGAUUCCGGCCUUCAUUGCAAAAGUCAAAAAAAAAAAAAAAGAAAUAAUUAACUCGAAGCGAAUUUGGAAAGCGAAUCAUGGAGGAUCUUGUGAAAAUGUGCCGGGUUUGCAUGGGCGAGUCGGAGGAACUGCUGGACAUCUACGACAACAAGAGCUUCGGAGACGGGCUGACCGCCGAGCUGAAGAAGACCAAGGAGCCGGAACCCACGCCGGCCGACCUGAUGCAGAGCUGCAGCUCUGUUCCGGUUUCUUCCGGCGACUGCUUCCCCCUGAAGAUUUGCGAGCCGUGCCUGAAGAAACUGCGCGACGCUCUACUGUUCAAAAAGCGCUACGCCAGGAACGUUGAGUGCCUGGGACGCGUGAAGUCGGAGAAGAAGGACCAGGAGACAUGCGAUCUGCUGGAGGCCGAGGACUGGAGCCUGGUGGAUCGCAUCAAGGACGAAGACGAGGAAGGGGACGAGAACGACCUGCAGCCGGCUGCCAAGAAGGCCAAGAAGCAGGAGGAGAAGCCACGUCCCUUCAAGUGUACCGACUGCCCGAAGAGCUUCACCGGCAAGGCUCAGCUGACCAUGCACAGCCGCACCCACUCCAAAGGAAAGCCGAAACGUCGAUCUAUUAAGUAGAACCCACUGCGGACCGCGAGUCUUUAGGUUAGGCGCUUGGCAAGCCAAAUGUUCAAUGCAUGUUUAUAACAUUAUCAUGUUGCUAUAUGUUCAACUGCAUUCGACGUCUAGAUAUAUAAGGGAAUCAUCUCGUUAACCACAUUAUGACAUACACAAACUUCCACGAAACUAACUCUUGGCCUUGUUAAAGAGAAUUUCAUUAAGACAUGCUAAAAUAAAUUAAUAUAAUAUAAAUAUUAAAAUGACCAACUAUGUACAUUGAUACGAGUGGAUUAAAAAUGCUUAAUUUGUAA